AUGUCCCUCGUCAAGAUACCACUUCUGCUGUCCUCAGCUGUCGGUGUGCACGUCGCAUUUACCCCACCAAAUGACCCUACUCCCAAUGAAAAAAUUAAGGCCAACUCGCGUGAGAUAUUCCUCAACACCGUUAUUGCACUUUGCGGAACAGUGAAAGUAGCCUUCUGGCUAGGUGUGCUAGGGCAGAGCGCCGCGACACUCAUACCCCUUAUUCCUCCCUCGAAGCUACCAACAGCCGCUCUCGCACUUUUGAAAGCGUUGGGUGGCCCCGAAAGUCGACCAAUCACUCCUGCAUUUCUUGCAGGGACUACGCUUUCUUCAGCCGCUGGUCUCCUCCGAUGGGCGUGUUACCGUGCCUUGGGUCGACUCUUCACUUUUCACCUCAGCGUACGCAAAGACCACCGGCUCGUCACCGAUGGGCCUUAUUCUAUUGUACGCCACCCGAGCUAUACGGCCACCGCACUGUGUGUACUUGGCGCUUUUACGAUGCACGGUGCUCCGGGAUCAUGGCUGAGAAGCUCAGGCGUUGCUGAUAACAUGUUUGUGAGAGGUGCGGCACUGUCUUGGACAGCUGUGACGGGCAUGUGUGCCAUUAUGCUGUUUAUGAGAUGUCCGAAGGAAGACGAGAUGAUGAAGAGGGAGUUUGGGAAGGAGUGGGAGGAGUGGGCAGGGAGACAAUUCAAUAACGCUGAUAGCUCAUGGGCCGCCAAGUAG